AUUGUGAACAUAGACGACAAACGAAGAUUGUGAAGCUGAUGUGAAUUAAAGAAAGACUGAAAGAGUAAAAUAAUCUUAGAAAAUAAUAGUGAUUUUUGUGAAGGAGUAUGGAAUUUGAGUAAUCAGUUAUUCAUUAUUGUGUACCUGUAAUUCAAAGUAUAUUAUUUAAUAAAUUACACAAAAGCAAUGCUAUGCAUUUGCAUGUUUUAGAUCGUUGGUAUAUUCGGAGUAAAUAGAAUAUUUAUAAAACAAAUUAACUCAUUGUAAUGCCUGUCAAUUCAUUAAAGCGUAACAGUGGUUGGAGAGUUGAUUUAUUAUAAUUAUUUUUCGCUGUAAAUGCUAUUCGUGUGCCCGGAAUGGAGGAUUACAAGUUUCUAUUUAAAGUGGUGUUGGUAGGGAACGCGGGGGUAGGAAAAACUUGUCUGGUGAGGAGGUUCACGCAAGGUCUGUUUCCACCUGGCCAAGGAGCGACUAUUGGUGUCGACUUUAUGAUCAAAACGGUUGAAGUGGAUGGAGAGAAAGUGAAGUUACAAAUAUGGGAUACAGCUGGCCAGGAAAGGUUUAGAUCCAUCACGCAAAGCUACUACAGAUCUGCACACGCACUUAUCCUAGUGUAUGACAUAUCUUGCCAGCCCACGUUUGACUGCUUGCCCGAUUGGUUGCGUGAAAUUGAAGAGUAUGCCAAUAAUAAGGUUUUAAGAAUAUUAGUUGGUAACAAAACUGACAGAGAAGACAGAGAAAUUCCGCGACAUAUAGGCGAGGACUUUGCGCAAAGACACGGGAUGUAUUUCCUGGAGACAUCUGCCAAAGAAGCGGAGAAUGUUGAACGACUGUUCAUGGAGAUAGCUGUUGAAUUAAUGGAGCAAGCGAAAUGUAAGGAGUUGCCAAAAUACGAUGGAAGCUUAGGACCAAUCAACGGGAAGACGUCAUCGGUGGGAGACGGUUCCUGCUGUCUGCGCUAGUACGAGUAGAUAUGUGUGACCUCUGAGCAAUAUCUCGCUGCAUUUACACUAAAGGUCAUUGCCCAUUACAGCAACUCCGCACCCGACUGCCUGCCUCAGUGCGGUGAGGCGUCGCGAGCGGAUAUGCUUUAUCGGUAGUAGGUAACGUAUGUAAGUAUGUAGCAGUUCCACAGGUAACCUGGGUUGCUACAGUAUUGUUUACAUUUAAGCCUAACAUGACUGUGACCCAUGACAUAAAACUCGUGAAGAAAAAAGAACAUAGUCAACCAAUGGCGACCGAGCCGAAAAUAUUGCUCUCUCUUUUAUGAUAGCGUAAUGAAAGAGCGCGCAAUAUAUUCUUGUAUUUGGUUUUGUUCUAUUGGUCGAAAUGAAGUUUUAUUGUUUACUGUUUGUUAACUCGAAUAAAUUUAAAAACGAAAAUGCCAUAAUUCAUCAUAAACUAUGUAGUGGGUCGCAUGUUACGCCUAAUGAACAUUAUGAUCAGCCUAUUUUAACAAUCCACGACAGUUCCAGGCCUUAUAGGAGAGGGCCACUAUUCUCCAAACAGGCUGGCUCAGGCUACAUUGAAAUAUGCUCAGAGAUUCAAUUUCGCAGCGUCUCGGAAUUGUCGUCACUAGGCGAGGCGUUGCAACUUGCAAAGUACUAGGUGGCUUUAAUGAGCUAUGAUCAUUAAUCAAGUUUUGUACGGUAACCAGGUGGUAUGAGUACUAUAUUCAUGCAAUUUAUAAAAACAUAUUAUAUGUAUUUUCAAAAGUACCUAAGUGGUAUAUAUCAUUUACAUAACUCGAUAUUUGCGAAGUUUUAUCACACUAAGGGGUGAAUUUUAGAAAAUCCUUUAUGUUAUGGUGGUAAGGUCGCCUUUUGCCUGUAAUAUUAUUGUUCUUUUGUUAUUUUUCUUUUUUUGUGCAAUAAAGUUAUUAUAGAUAAAUAAAAAUAAAUCCAUUCUUAGCCAACGCAAAAUAAAUAUCUGAGUGCCAAAUUUCGGCGCAUUCCAUUCAAUGGUUUGAGCUGCGGUAAUAAAUCAGUCAGUAAUGGUUGCCUUUAAUAAAUAUAAAAAUUAUAGACGACACCAAUUGAGUUGUUUUUCAUGCGGUUUUAGCCUUAUAUUAAGCCAAGCUUGAUGCACGCUUUACCUUUCGUACGUAUGAGAGAUAAAUAAAAAAAAAGUAUUCCACGCAGACGAAGUCGCGGUCGUUUGCUAGAACCGGUCGGUGAGAAUCGAUAUCUUAAAUAUUGUAUUCUGUUAUUAUUAAAAUAAAAAUUAUCGAUAAUAAUAUUAUCGACACUUGUACAACACUACGGGCCUUCCUAACACCUAUAAGUGCGAAAGAGUACGACAUUUGCGACCUCUGCAGCGAGAUUUUGUUCACAACAUAACUUAUCUCAUUAAUAUUGGUACUUAUUCUGUUUUGCACUGAUUUUAACUAGACCAGAUAUUUACUUAAUUUUAGAUAUAUAUUUUUUGAUCUUGCCAAACAUAUCAAUCUCUUCAAUUUGUUUCUAUCAUUUUACUUCUUUAUUAUAAUAUGUAUGCAAAUUUUGGAAAAUGGUGAAAAAAAAAACUCAAGACAAACAUUUGUCAUUGCAGUGCCAUCUAUUAAGCAGAACGCGAGUUAUAUUUAUAAUUUCUACUUUGUUCUGUACUUUUAUUUAUUUCAAAUCCUGUCAAAAAUCUAUAGUCAAAGCUAUAGUAAAACAGAAUGGUACCAAAUAAUUUAGUAUUUGGUGGUUAUAAUGACAAUUUGCAAUUUACUAAAUGUAACUUAAUGUAUAGUGCUGAAUAUCAUUCCAUUGCUUAAAAUAAAAUAACACAGUCACAAUAUCACAUGUUAUAUUUGAAGUUAAUAAAUUAAGUUUAGUUUUUUUGAAUUAUUUAUUUUAUUAUUGUAACAAGAAAAAUACAAUUAAGGUUGAGACUAUUCUAAAAAUCAUAAAUACAUUUCAUAUUUAUGAAAUUUGGGACUGUUAAUAUAGGAUUUUUUUUGCUAUAUUUAUAUGGCAAAUUAUGGAUGGCUCGAAGUAACAUCUGUAAAUGAAACCAGGCUUGGAAUUGGUACUGCUACUGUAUUGGUAAAGCUACCUAAAAAGAAAUAUACUAAAGCCCAACUCUAUGUGAAAUGUUUAUCUAUACUAUCUAUACUAAUAUUAUAAAGCUGAAGAGUGUGUUUGUUUGAUUGAACGCGCUAAUCUCAGGAACUACUGGUCCGAUUUGAAAAAUUCUUUCAGUGUUAGAUAGCCCAUUUAUCGAGGAAGGAUAUAGGCUAUAUGUUAUCCCGGUAUUCCUACGGGAACGGGAAUCACGCGGGUGGAACCGCACGGCGUCAGCUAGUCAACAAUCAACUUAAAAAUGGAAGGUAGAAAACGCAUGUUAUUUCAUAAGUAAUUUAUUAAAAAUCAAGAACUGUUUUUUUUUAAAGAAUGUUAUUUGAAAUAUAUUAUUUUAACGAAUUGUUCCUAGCUUUAUUAUCAAAUUGUCAUAAUAAUUAUUCUGCUCUGUUUUAAAUUUAAUUGUUGACUAGCGCACGUCCGCGACUUCGUCCGCGUGAAACUCGAUGAAAAGUUUCAAGUACCCCUACCCUACCCUACCCUACCCUACCCUACCGCUACCCUAACCCUAAGCCUAAUUUCAAUUUUUUUCUGACAUAAAAACCUUCUGGCAAUAACAAACAAAAAAUAAAUUGAAAUCGGUAGAGCCGUUCACGCGUGAUGGCGUGACCAAUUGAUAUAUGGAUUCAAUUUUAUAUAAUAUAUAUAGAUAAACAUUUUACAGAGUUCUUAAAAUGUAAUAUUUAUCACUAUUAAUAAAUAACUAUUAUAUUUUAUUACAUAAGCUACCCGGACAAUUAAGAUUCUCUGUACACCUCUCAUUUAAUGUAAAUGUUCAAUGUAUAUAUUUAUCUGUAUUUGUAUACGUUAAUUUAUUGUAGUCUAGUAAUGGGACAUUAAUGCAUAUCGAUACUUGUGAUAUUGUGGCAGGAGUUACAAAAAAUGCGCGUGAAUUUAAAAGAAUUUUCUUCAUAAUUUUGGCAUAGCGAAAAAUCUUUGUAUUUUUCACAUAUAAAUAAAAAAUCUUAACAAGUGUGAUGAUCAAAGUUCUUUGUAUUUCACGCGUAUAUGUUGUAGGUAAGGUAUUCGCUGUUGCGAUUUCUGUUGUAUUAUUUUUUUUUUAAUUAAAUUUUAUUGUAGUAUUAUUACUAUGCUUACCAUAAAAGGUUAACUAUUAUUUAUAUUUAUGUAAUAAUUUUGUUGUACACUGAAUCUUAGCUGGAUUGCAGGAUAAUUCACUAAAUUUGACGUAUGUUAGUUGACAUUUACCAAAUCCGGUGCCUAACGACAACCCUUCGUGGAUGACAUACAGCAGAUAAAUGACAUUUCUCAAUAUAUUUGAUGUUUAUUUUAAUAGAUUGUUAAUAAUAAAGACCAAAUUAGUGAAUAGGCCAUCUGAUAUGCUAUGAAAUGUAAAUCAUAUCAAACAAGAUCUGUAAACUUUAUCUCGGAAAGUAAUCACCAUCUAAACCCCCCCCUCCCUCACUUCCAUGUCAUAAAAAAUUCGCAAUGCGAACAACCCUCAACCCUCCCUUACUGCCGAGGUAAUUCUUGAAUGACUUACUUAUCUUAGACUAAAAGAAAGAAUCUUGUACUCGGGCAAUAGGUAAUUACGGCUUUCUUUGGGCUCAUUUAGGGUUCAAUUACACGAGCAGCAACUGCUACCGACGCCUGCAGUCGACGGCAGUCGUCGACUGAAGUCAACGGCAGUCGACUGCAGUCGCUGAUGUCUCAGCGGCAGUCAACGGCAGUCGACUGCAGUCGUCGGUAGCAGUUGCUGCUCGUGUAAUUGACACUUUCACCCUUUGUAAAUUGAAAUAGGUACUGGCUAUUACAGGCUAUUCUUGCACUAUUUAAAAUAAAUACAUUUGAGAAGUCACAGUAAUUAUAUACAUACAGUUUAGUGUACAUCAGAAUUACGGUAACAGAUUUUUAUAAUUUUUUAGGUUAUUUUAGUGCCGAUCUUUACUACUUAUUAAACUUUGCCAGUGUCACCAUCUUCUGAUAAAAAUAUGCCAGUUCGCAUAUACGUGCAUGCAGACACGCACACAGAUGCACAUAAUAUGAAGACAGACCGCUAUUAAUAACCUAUAUCUGACAAAACACUUCAAACUCACACAUGAAUACUCGGCGUCAUUAUGGUGUUUCAGUUGUUUGACAGCGAGAUGCCGUCGGCUUAUUUUUUAUAUCUGUGUCAGAUAGCCAAUUAAACUCUGGCCGCUCAGAAAUUGUAUCAGACAGGUCGUAAUCGAAUGGGCGAUGUAACUUCCAACUGUACAAGGUUGUUGAACUGUACUGUUAUAAGGUUAUGCCAACUGUUUGUCUUUGUAAAAUGAUAAAAUAACGAGGCAGUUGUAAUUGAACAUGAUUGAAUAUAAACUCAAUUUCUGAGCGGCCGGACCUUAGAUAAUCAAAAGUUGGUGAAACUGGCCUGUAGAAUAUAAUAAAAUAAGAAAUGUAUGUAAAGGUCAGUUCACACAUGCAAUACUAGUGAUGCCUUUGGUUUGGCUGUGAAUUAACACGCUUGCUUUAACUGCGGCUUGUUUUAAUAUAUAUUAGGUGCACAUGUAAACUGAUCUUUAUCGUCUAAACGGUUUGUACUGACUUUAGGGUGCAUUCACACUAUACCAUGACUCAUUGAAGGUAUCGAUAAUUUGUUUCAAGACAAGAGGUGAAUCGGACAUUGGAUUCUUUUGAGAGAAGAUGAAUUGAAGAUAAUAAUUGUUUGGACUACUGAAUACAGUAUUAGGUUAAAAAGAUUUACUCAAUUCUUCCUACCUAGACAGAUGGCAAAAUCAUAUUUAAAUGGGACUGCAAACUCAUAGCACUGUAAAAUAACUAAAGUAUAGCUAUUUUAUGGUGCAUCGUCACACUGUUAUUUAUUAUCUGUACAGCGCUUUGCCUUUUUGAGUGGAUAUUUUUUUCAUUUUUUAUUUAUUAUUCUACAAAAAACAUUUAAAUUAAGCCUAACCAUAGUACAACACAAACCACAGUUGGUUCCACAUAAUGUUAUACAAUAUGAUAUGAUAUGAUAUGUUAUGUUAUAGUCUUCAGUAACAUAUGUAUAGUGUGAAUGCACCUUAAAAAAACCAGCUCGAUGUUAUUAUUAUCGUUUUAAACAAAUAUACUAUAGUUAAAAGGUUCUUCUUAAUUAAUUUUACUGUACAUACAUCACAUAAUUUAAAUGCAAUUAAUUUUAUCUUGACGAUAUUCAUUACAAAUUAUUUUUUUAUUUUUUUACACAACUAAAUUGAAAUUGUUGUUUUUUAUAUUAUUAAAUGGAUGUUGAGUAUUUUAUUAUUAUUAAUAUUUAUUGCAAUUUGUACGUGCCUAUUUUUGAAUUUUAUAUUACCUGUAUGGAUACCAAUUGUUGUUGUAAAAUAAUUUAAAAAAAAAAUGUUUAAUGUAUGACAACAGUUCGCUGGUACAUUCAAUUUAUUCUGCCCCUAUAGCCAAGUGACACGUCGAUUCUCUUUCUACGAUCGCAAACGCUUCGAAAACUAGAAAAAUGUAUGGGAAUGAAAUUUUAUGUCGACAGGUCACGUGAUCAAGAUCUGUCAUUGCCAUACAUUUUUAUAGUUUUCGAAACGUUUGCGAUUGUAGAAAGAGAAUCGACGUGCCACUUAGCUACAGGGGCGGGUAAUUGUUGAUUCAUAUCAAAUUUAUUAUGAACAAUAUUAAUUUCACAUAGUACGGUAGUGUUUGGGCCUCCAUUCCGUCUUGGUGACAAACAGCUUCCCAGAAGGAUAUGUUUUACAGCAGUAUUUGGUGUCAUAGGUAUCACAAUAAUAUUUUGUGCACUUUGGUGUUAGAUUGUUUACAUAUAUAGCUCUUGAACUGGCGUUUUUUCAGUAAGCAUACAUGUCGCUAACUAAACGUUUUACACAAUGCUAGCGCAGCGCUAAAACUUGAAACUGACAAUGUUUAGUCACAUAACAGUUCGGAAAGUAUUCAGGUCAAGUCUAUCCACGCACCACGUCUGUAGAUUUUCUUUCUACAAACGCUAACGUUUCGAAAAUUAAAAAAAAAUGUAUGGGAAUGACAUAUUCGAACGAUAACUUGAUCAUGUGAACUGUUUAUAAUGAAUGUCAUUCCCAUUUUUUUUUUAAUUUUCCUAGUUGGCUACAUGGCUACAUGCCCAGGGACAUGCUACAUAUCGAUUAUGUUUCUUCAAUUCGCUUCGAAAAUUAAAGAUAUGGAAAUGACAUAUCCGAUUCAUAAGUUGAUCAUGUAGUCUAUGAUCUGAAUAGAAACGACCUUCACCCAUCUGUUUACUGAAUGAAAAGUAUUUUCUAUCAAAUCAAUAAAGGACAAUGGCGAGAUUGCAUGUAUUUUGGGACUAGCUGAUAGAAGUAGCGUGCAUAAUGGAAACCUAUUAAUAAUUGUUUAUCGUGAUUAAACUAAGAAAUAAGUAAAUGGUAAGCAGUCUUAAAAAGCAGGGAAAAAAUGUAUACCUUAAAUUAGUAGGUACCCUAUUUAUAGAUAAAUGUGGAAAACACCACUGCUGACAUACAACUGCGUGAUUGCUUCAUAAAUACAAGGCGUUUUUGCAGACGAAAUUAUUUUGUUAAUAAAAUGCACUUUUUUUUCUUUUCAUUCCCGUUCUGUAAAAUCUCAAUUUUUUUUUACAGUUAUCUUAAAAAACAAUAGUUUUAAUCAAUACAAAUGUAUAAGUGUACGGUACUUCAGAGUGUGACUCCCACUUUCGCCAACCUCCUUUGGUUGCCUAAAAAAUUUUAAUCCAAGAUUGUUAUUAAUUAACAAUUUUUUAAAUAUAGCUUUUGUUAUUGAUAGGUCACAUUAGUAGAGAAUCCUGACACCCUAGAAGAUACUAAUAGAGAGAAUAUGACGAUACCAAUAUUUUUGAAGCGUUAGCGUUUGUAGAUGGAGAAUCGAUAUGUAACAUGGUUGGCUAGAGGCCUGGAUCUCAACGUUUUGCUAGCAUCGAGUUGUCAAGUACUACGAGUAUCUGAAUGCUUUCGUUGGAGAAACGCUAGUGUGUAGGGACUCUUAUGGUUGUUGUAACUGUUGUAAGUUGUAUAGUGUUUAGUUGUGCAAUCAAAUUUUGAAAAUAAAUAUUCGCUUUAGUUAUUGUAUGUUCUUGACAGUUUGUGUAGUGAUUUACUGAAAUAUCAAUCGGUUCCAAUUCUGUUAGGAGUCAUAUCUGCCUUACAAACACGGCCUUGUUUUUGAAUGGACUUCUAAAUUGUAGACCGCAAUAUAAGUCUGCUCGACUGGUGGCGCUCUUUAUGCUAUCUUUAACGCGAUCUCUUUUACCCGCCUAGAAAUGGAUAGAGAUAGACGACAAGAUGUCGGCAUUUAAUUGGUUCUUGAUUGUGGCCACGCGCAAACUUAUCGUGUGCGAGUUAACGAAGCUGAAAUAUAGCUUUCUCUUUCGUCCUAUCGCAACGAAUUAGAGAGUGAUAUUUUCGGUUCGGCGCUAUUGGUCGACCGUUUUGUCUUGUCCGAGAUAUGUUGUGAGACGCAUGUUAGGACUACUGGAAGAAGAUUUUAUUCUAAAGUCUACUAUGGGUUGCCAGGCGUAAAACGCUGCUAUGGGUUACAGUUGGACAUUGUUAGGACUCUCACGCAUUCGACGAUUGACAAGGAAAGCAUCGAGGAAAACCCAUUAUGAUGGUUUUUGUGUGGGAGUCAAAUGACAAGAGUUUGUGGGGAGAAAUGGCAACAUCUGUUGCUGUUACAUUUGUAGUUGUUGUUGUUGUAGAAGUUGCCAAGCUAAAAGAAUUGUAGUCUGGCUCUAUACCUAAAUGUCAGUCGUAAUCUGAUUUUGAUACUGGCAACACUAAAUCAACAGUAUUUUGCAAUUUGCCUAUUUUUAUUAGUAUUAUUUUAUUGUAUUUUUUAUUAUUACAAACAAAUUACACUAAUUUUCUAACAGUAGCGACCAAGGAUAGGGAUAUUUGCGUCGCCCGUGUGUACAUAGACAACCGACCAGAGACAAUCUUUUUUUUUAGAUAAGGCAUUAGAUGUUAAUUCAAUAAAUCGGUAGAUAUGAUUUCAUUAAAUAGAUUGUAGUAGGUACCAUAAUAGAUAUUGAAAUAAAAACAUCAAAAUGUACAAUUUAAAAUCUUAAAUCUGAAAUUGUUAUCACUGGACAUCGGAUUAUAUGCACCUACUAUUAAAAUGCCAAAAUAUGCACUAAAAAGGCAGACAUAUGCACAGUAAAAAACCAUUUAAGUACGUCUAUUUUAACAUCAUAUACUCAGAGGCACAAUUAUCCGCCCACUUUAAUAUGACGCGAGUAUAUUAAAGUGGGCAGUUAAUUGUGCCUCUGAAUAUAUUUAAGUGUUUUGCAAUACUAGCAAUGUAUAAAACAUCUAAUGUUAGCUGGUUGAAUGGAUUGCAAUGGCGUCUGAUCUGUCAAAUGUUUAACUACUUCUACUAUAGUCUGGCGAGUUCGUUGAUGACACUCCCAUGAUAUGCGGGUGACGGGGGGAAAUACUGUGCGGGUGUGAAAUCGUGCGUGCGGUAAGUGAGGUGCAUCAGUCGUGGGUUUUUCAAUCGCUACACACCCCUCGGCCCGCGCGGACCAUCGGGAGUGUUACGAACGAAGUUGCCAAGCUUUAUGGCUUUGAAAUUCUCAGCAUAAAAUAAUACAGAUUGUACUCACGAUGGUGCUUUAAAAUCAUCAACACAAGUAUGACCUAUUACUACUAAAGUAAGCACUGUCAAUGAAAAAGUACCAAAAUAUGCAAUAAAACUCUUAUUAAUAGUUUUAUAUGCCCCUGCAUAUGCAUAUAAUCCGAUGUCUAGUCAUCACUUAAUAUCUUGAUGACAUUGAUAAUAAUAAAACAUCACCAAAGAUACUAAAUUAUUGUAAUACUCGGAAAGAAAUAAAAUUAUCACUUUGGA